GUGAUAACUAGCUUGUACACAUGCUUGACAAUUUUAGCAAUGCAGACAGCGGUAAACAAAGCUCACAAAUGCUGCUCUGUGGUUCUCCCACCAGCAGCACAUCUCUGGUGACCACUUCAGGAAGUGGACAAAAUACUCAUUAUCAGGAUAUUAGUAUCUGACGUUUAUAAGUUUGUGCAGCUUUUCGAAAGACUUGAAAGAGAAAUAAGUGGCAUAAAAAACAACCAUGCUAAGAUAUACUGACCUUCAAGUUACUGUUACAAAAACGACGAAUGUUGCAGUGAUACAUUCUGUCCACAUUCUGGGUUAUUUGUUAAUUCAUGCUACAUUCAUUUCCAAUCAACUGUCCUGGACACAGCACCUUUUUAAUAGCAACAUGCCAAAGUCUUAUAACUUGUGUAAAACUGCUGCUCAGUACGAGCAAAGGUGCAGAAGGGCUGUGCAGCGCUCUGACGUGCAGCAGGUCCUACGUCAAACUGGUCUUUCUGGAACACACUUACUGGCUUAUUGUCACACACAUUAGCAGCUGCAAACCAACACCGCCACUGGGGUGUGUUCUUCUUGUUGAAUGCAGCAGUAUAUUUUUAGUCCACGUGUAUUCUUAUAGUCAACAUAGGUUGAAAAUUGUUGCAACAGUAUAUAAAAAAAUGAUGUCAGCAGCUUCAUAACAAGAUAUUAGCUUGUUAGACAUUUGCCUUUGUGAAUAACACAUGUGACACGCUGUUAAAACUAGGUUUUGUGUUCAGUUUAUUAAUAAUUAAUUAAUAAUCAGAUAAUCAAAUAACAAUUUAUAAACAAGAAUCAAUUCACUACUACUACUUAACAUUAAAUAAUCAGAAAUUAUGCCUUUAAUUUCAUUUGUGCCCUGAAUUUCUCACUAAUUUUAAAACUUAAUGUCAGCCACACCAGUAACUAGUGACUACAUGCUACAGCCAUACAGAACAUGAUACCAUACUUAAACACUUAAACAUACAGUUUUGUUCCCUUAUAAGUAAAUGAAAUUUACAUUUACGUUUCUAUAUAUGUAGGCCAUACAUUUUUAUUCUAGAAAUUAUUUAUUUUAACUUCUUUUAAGACAAUGACCUGACAGUAUUUAGUUUGUCCUUCAGUGGUUUUCAAGCACAAAAAACUGCUUCCUCGGUUCUCGCUACACACAGUACAAUAUAAAAAAACAGAAACCACCUGAUCUGUUGUCACUGCAAAAUUCACAGGUCAUUCAGUGAGCCACAAAGAGGACGCACUUCUAAAAGUAAAAAUGUUUUUCUUCUAUAUGAUCAUCACAGCUCUGUCUACAGCAGCUCUGACCAAAGGGGCUGUGAAAUGCAAAAUUGAAGUGAAUGAAACUACUCAGCACUGCAUUGCAAAACUUGAUGAGCCACUGACCUUUCAAAUACUCACUCACAAGAAAAAAACACAUUUGAAAAAGAGUAACAUUAACAUCUUAAGGGUAAACAAUGACAAGGUAGAGGAUAUAAAUGAGGACUAUAGAAGUCGUAUUACACAAUUAACAAAUACAACUAUGACACUUGACGUGGUGAGAACGACAGAUUCUGGAAAUUACCUGCUGGAAACGUUUAACCAUGAAGGUCAAUUAUCACACACAACCAACUUUCAUCUAGAAGUACAAGCUCCAGUGUCAAAACCAGAGGUGUCGCAGACGUGUUUGUCACCAAAACAGUCUGUCGUCUGCUGCUCCACUGAGGGAGACGGAGUAGAGUUCAUUUGGAGUUUGGACGACAACAUAUUAGAACAGACCAGAGCUGAGAGCACAAAUAAAUCGACAUCCGAGGUUUCCAAUGUCACCAUCAGCUUACACGGCCAGCUCACUGGAAACUUAGCAUGUAUCACUCAGAACGACAUCAGCUCAGAACAAACUGUGAUCCAGCUCAGGAGCUGUAAAGGUUCCAUUCACCCUCUUUGGCUGACUGUUACUGCUGCUGUGAUAGCCAGCGUAUGCGCUUUGCUUCUGCUUUUGGCUCUGAUUCUCUGUAUGAGACACUUACAUAAGACUCCAAGAACUGUGACUGUUGAUGAAGAUAAUUAUGAAAAUGAAUUAACCUAUUCUAAUGUUAGAGUGAAGUCUGCGAAGGAAAGAAGACCCAACACAAAGUACCAAUGUGCAGAAGAAACCUAUUGCUCAUAUUAGAUUUAAUGGAAGAAUAUUUGUAACUGAAUAUAAGUUGAUUUUACUAAUGUACAUGAUUCAUAAUUCAUGAUAUGUUUUCUCAUUUCGGGAGUAACAAAAUUGUAAACACAAGAGCCUUUUUUAAAAUUGCUGUUUGAAUCAUCUACAUAUACUUUCAAUAAACAAACAGUAGCAAACUGUAAACGCACAUUGGCGUUUAAUGUUUACACAAGGAGACAAACAAAUUUUCAGAAAC